AUGAACUCUUUAGCAAAUAACAAGAUUGGUGGUGGGGAUAACGAAGUUCACUCGGCGAGAAAGAGAAGCUAUCACGAGGAACAAAACGUCAACGAGGCCAGAAAGAAGCAGAGAGACCAAAAUCUGCUGUCACAAGAAAGCAAUGACGGAAACAUCGACUCGGCUCUAUUGAGUGAAGGGGCUACUCUAAGAGGGACCCAAAGCCAGUAUACAGGCGGGCUAGCGUCUAAUCAUGAUGAGAAGGAAAGUGAUGAAGAUCCUUCCGUAGCGGAAGCUGCAGUAGCCGCCACCGUCAGUUACACAGACUUAAUUCAACGUCACGAAGAUGUGUCUGACGUUCAUAUGCCCAAGCAAACAAGUACUGAUAACGGGGACAAGGAUUCCAUGAAUGAAGGAAGAGCAACAAAUUCGUCAAACGAAGGGGCCAAGUUGAGCGUCUCUCUGGAGGGGAUGGAAUCCUCACCAAUAGAGUCCACACAAGACUCCAAAAAUGACAUGCUCAUACCAUUGCCCGAACAUGGACGUAGACACGAACACGAAGAAGAGGAAGAAGAGGAAGAAGAGGAAGAGGAGGAUGAUGACGGUACUGGUAUGAACCUCAAGAAGGACAUGAAUAUGCAGUCGGGCCGUCGAGGAAAAAAACCUACCACACUGGCCACGACAGAGGAAUGGAAAAAGCAAAGGAAGGAUUCCCACAAAGAAGUCGAAAGGCGUCGCCGUGAAAAUAUAAACACCGCCAUCAAUGUCUUGAGCGAUCUGCUCCCUGUAAGAGAAUCCAGCAAGGCUGCGAUACUGGCACGUGCCGCAGAAUACAUCCAAAAAUUGAAAGAGACUGACGAAGCGAACAUUGAAAAAUGGACAUUGCAGAAAUUGCUAAGUGAGCAGAAUGCAUCGCAGUUGGCCAGUGCGAACGAGAAGCUGCAAGAAGAACUGGGGAACGCAUACAAGGAGAUUGAGUACAUGAAGCGCAUCUUACGGAAAGAAGGCAUGGAGUACGAGGAUAUGCACAGCCAUAAGAAAAAGGAGAAAGAAAGGAAGGGCCCCGGAGGUGAUAACGUCCAUGAGGCUUGA